AUGAUUCGACAAGACUUCCAGCGAAUCGACCCCAAGCGCAGGGCAACUAUCGACCCCAAAAAAAGACAGUUCGCUACUCCCACCUACAAGCAGCAAGACUACCCAUUUCGUCUGAAUCUGUACGACACGCCGCCGACGGCUGAGAUCACCCUCGAACAGUUUGAGCAAUGGGCCAUUGACCGAUUGAAAGUUCUCGCCGAAAUCGAAGCAUGCUCCUAUCGCAACAAGUCCCCUGCCGAGACCGAGGCGCACAUCAAUCCUCUUCUCCAAAGACUCCUUCCUCUCUCUUCAAAUACGUCAUCUCCGCAUGGCGCGGCAGAUCAGCGCUUGAAAAAUGAACGCCAAAAGGAUCACUACUCCCACUUCAUCCUCCGCCUGGCUUUCUCCGCGACGGAGGACCUGCGACGACGAUUCGCACGUGCUGAAACAAUGUUGUUCCGCUUCCGCUUCCAAAAAGACGACUCGAGGGAGCGACGUGCUUUUGUUGAGAGCCUCAGUCUCGAUUGGGAACCUGUCAGUGAUGAGGAACGUCACGAGGUGUCAGAGAGCCUGGGUAACUCAACACCCGGACUACGUAAUGUCAACGAGGAGAUAUGGUACAAAGUGGACUGGGAAAAGGUCCCCGAGCUUGUUGAGCGUCGGACGGUACAUCUGAAGAAAGGCAAGGCAUACGUUCCUGGUAGAGAACAGCUGAGCAUGAUCAUGGCCGAAUUCACGGCUCGCCUGGAGCGUUCACUUGAGCUCACCAGUCGCGCUCUCCCCCGUUUGGAUGAGGAUGAUCGUCUGACCCCCAUCUUGAAUCAUCUCUCCAAGAACUUCGGCAGUGCCGAGUCAGUGUACUCUGAAGGCGAAGGGCAUGUGGAUGGAGCGGCAAUCACUGCAAGCUCCAUUGACUCGCUGUCCCAGCACUUCCCUCUGUGUAUGCGCAGCUUGCACAUGAACCUGCGCAAGAACAACCACCUGAAGCACUUCGGGCGACUCCAGUACACCCUUUUCUUGAAGGGAAUUGGUCUUUCUCUCGAGGAGUGUAUCAUAUUCUGGCGCCAGUCGUUCAAGGGCAAGACAGAUGACGAGUUCAACUCCCAAUACAAAUAUAACACCCGUCACGCCUAUGGUGAUGUCGGUGGCGAUGUUAAUCGCCGUGGUCGAGGAUAUCCUCCCUACUCAUGCCAAAAGAUUUUGAGUGACAACAACGUCGGUAUCGGGCAAACACACGGUUGUCCAUACCGCCAUUACUCGGUCGACAACCUUGUUGGGCUACUCCAGUCUACUGGUGUUCACGAUAAGGAGAUUUUGCGUGGAGUUCGCGAGGAUGUAGGCAAGCAGCGGUACCACAUUGCCUGCAACCGAGUUUUCGAGUGGUCACACAAGGGCGAGAUCAAAAAGGUCAAGGAGGAUGGCACAUGGACGCAAGCCGACCUGGACACCAUUGUGCAUCCUAACACCUAUUUCAAGCGUAGCUACUUGCUGAAGCAGCUGGCAAAGGCUCCGGGCCGAGACGCUUGA